GGCAUCACCAUUUUUUGGCGGUGGUGGCAGGAGUCACCUCAGCACCAACAACUGCACUCAGCGCUCACAUCACAGCUUCGUUAGAUUCUCGUGCAGCACGUAAGAGUGGGCACGUCUGUCCUUUUGAAAGCGGCAAGGCACGUACUUCUGCUCCACACACGAGAGAAGGUGCGUAAAAGACCUUCCCUAGUGGAAUGCUUCGAGCCACUUUACGGAAGUGCGCGGCGCUGACGGCGGCCGACUUAUUUGCACUGAACCAGCGAAGUCGUUUCGCCUCCUACACGCAGUACGACGACGCGCAGGCGUUGCAGCGCUCCUACCAGUGCGCAUCUCCGGCAGUGAGGCUGACCUAUGAAGAGCGCGCUGCGGCGAUCAGUGACGAGCUGGGAAGAGCGAGCACAGUAGAAGAAACUUUUCUGUCUGCUGCGGAUGGCGACGUAGAGGAGUGA